GUAAUUACUCUGCCACCAGCCUAAUUGGUAGUUGAGCCGCAGAUGACAUUAAAAGAGGCUGAUGCUGCUCCUACUCACUGUGGACAACCCACGUAUAGAGGCGGCUACGUAAUCCAUGUGAGGGAGAGUGAUCAAUCGCUCCUUCUUCGUCUCUGUGGCGUGGGAGGCGUCUGUCAAACGGACCCGCGGAGAGUCCUCUCUGUCCGUCCGAGUGGAGGACACUACACACCGUCGUCUGUUCAGAGCAGCUGAAGUUUGGACUCUGUAAAGCCGGUGUUACUCUUUUUGGAUACUCCGCUGCCAUCCGGGAAGAUCCGUCACAUUGUGUGCUGAAAGGAAGUUGAAGCAAACAGGUGGGAUUUGCUCCGAAAGCUGCUCGCAUUGGGCAGCACAGAUAUUCCAGCCUGUACAAUAAACCAUUCAGAGGAAGAAAAAGAAGGGCUGCUGGGUGCGUGUAAUCAAUCUGGGAGCCGAACCGAGCCGCCAUGGACGCGCUGAUGAAGGGUUUCUCCAAAGCCAAGGAUGGGGUCGUGGCAGCGGCGGAGAAAACCAAGCAGGGAGUGACUGGAGCGGCUGAGAUGACGAAGGAUGGGGUUAUGUAUGUUGGUACUAAAACAAAGGAUGGAGUCUCCACAGUCGCUGAAAAAACUGUGUCUGGAGUGUCUCAUGUGGGCGGAGCUGUGGUUACCGGGGUUACGGCUGUGGCCCAGAAAACUGUGGAAGGAGCGGGCAACAUCGCCGCUGCCACUGGAUUGGUCAAGAAGGAUCCAGCCAAACAAGGUGAGGAUGUCUCAGCAGUACCAGAGGCAGUGGAAUCACCGAUCGAUACGGACUCCACUGAACCUACAGAGGAGGACUCGGACGACUGAGCGGCUCGGCGGCUUCGCAGUCGAAGCAAAAUGACCCAACCAUUCCAUGUCGCUCUGCCAAGUCCCGUCGUGCCUCGUCUCUGGUCCGUCAUGGAGUCUGUUCUCAGCGUCUGUGCGUUUCUGUGCGUGCCGUUCUGUGUGUCUUUGCGAUAAAUGUUCUUGUAGGGAGACAGAGUGAUGUUGAGAGUGUGCUGGCGCGUCCUGCGUCCCGGGCGGUGGCUCAGGUGUGUGUGAUCUGUGACCAGCUGUCGUUUACAGUGACUCCCUCCCACUGAGAAGGCCACCUGAUCCCAGAGUGUGUGUGUGUGUGCGUGUGUGUGUGUGUGUGUGUGUGUGUGCGUGUGUGUGUGUGUGUGUCAGCUGGUUGGCUGCGUCCGUAACACAAACAUGGAAGUAUACCACAAUCUACAAACACCUAAGUGUCUCUAUAUAAAGGAACAAUUCACACAGAUCUGUUUGAGAUGGAUGCAUACUGAUAUUCUCUAUUUUGUUGUGUAUUUUGUCACUGUUUUUUGCAACGGACUACAAAGUACUGGGCUGUUUGUGCAUUCAUGUUGUAUUUUAUAGCAUGUAAAAGUAAUAUUCAGCUUCACCGCUGUAUCAAAAAUUUAUUUGGAUUCAAAUGUUGAAUAAAAUACGUAAAGUGUGGGAUUAUGCCCUUAGAA